AUGAGUAAUGAAAGAACACCUACGAUUGGCGUGCGGGAAAGGCUUUUGAGUGCAGUGACAGGGUCGCUGUUAACAUCACUAAUUUUAACUCCCAUGGAUGUGGUUAGAAUACGACUGCAACAGCAGCAAAUGCUAUUCGAUUGUGUUUGUGAUGUUGAGGGGACUUCUUUGGCGAAAAUCGAGCCCGCAAAGGGCCUUUUUUGGCAAGAUGCGUGCUUCCAAGAUGUGAGCUGUAAAACCGGUCCAGUACGAUACAACAGCACCUGGGAUGCUUUUGGGAAAAUCGCCAAAACGGAGGGCAUUACAAGCUUGUGGCGAGGCAUAUCCAUAACUUUGUUGAUGGCUGCCCCAGCAAACAUGGUAUAUUUCAUAGGCUACGAAACGCUGCGAGAUAAAACGCAAUUGCAAGAGAGCUACCCAACACUCAAUCCACUCAUGUGUGGGGCUGUCGCUCGAGUUUUAGCGGCUACCAGUGUGGCCCCAUUGGAACUGCUGCGGACUCGUCUUCAAAGUAUUCCACGGUCGAAUCCCAGCAGCACUGCGGCCAUGAUGAUCAAAGAUCUGAUAAAAGAGGGUAGACUUGAAUUCUCAAGAAUCGGAUACCGGGCGUUUUUUAGGGGCUUGGAGAUCACGCUUUGGCGAGACGUGCCCUUCAGUGCUGUCUACUGGGGCUGCUACGAAUUUUACAAAAAGAACUCGGAUACAUUUGUGGCAAAAUCAUCCAGUAACAACUGGAACCAGUUUAUCAACAGCUUUAUAGGUGGCAGUUUUGGUGGCACUAUAGCAGCACUUCUGACCCAUCCAUUCGACGUGGGCAAAACGCGAAUGCAAAUCCGCUUUUCAAUGAGUGAUUCAAAAUCGUUAAAACCUUCGAAUAACAUGUUCAAGUACUUAAACGAGAUUCGAAAAAGCGAGGGUAUUGGUGCCCUGUACACCGGUUUGAUACCUAGACUCAUAAAAGUUGCACCCAGUUGUGCUAUCAUGAUAUCAACCUACGAAGUGUGUAAGCUUCUCUUUAGCACUUAA